AUAUCUGUGUAGCAGCCAUCUUGAACUCCCGGGCUUCCGAGUGACUUUUCGAACGGACCCACGAACUGUCCUCCGUGAACGAAUCUUAGUUCGUCGCUCAAGUAGAUCCGUGCACGGACCUCGAUCCGUGUGAGUGAGUCGACUCUCAUUCAUUCGAGAAUAGCCUCCCGGGGGAUAACCAUGGGAUGUCGCGAAUCUGAAUUUACCUAGGUAACAGAAUUCAGUAGUUGAAGAAGAGGUGGCCAGCUCUUAUCAAGCCAUUCAUCGGCUGAGCCUCGGUAAAUUAUUGGGUGGCCAAGACUGGAAACAGAUGAUUAAGCCAAGGAUUGGCUCAUGAAGAGCUGGCCAGCCAUUGAUCGACCGUUUGUAUGGGCCUCAUUAGAUUUGAUAUUCACAAUUUCUCAUAGGGCCAAAUAAAUAUUGACCAAUCAAGGUUUUAAGGUUGUUUUUAAAUCGCAUGACCGGGCGACGUUAUUUUGGGUUUACAAGGGUACUUUGUAACCGAUUUUCUGACCUGCGCGGCGAGAACUAUCGGCCAAGGUUAACAACGAGGAUUUCUCACCAUCCUCCUCUAAAUCACCGGGGGGAGCCAUGUUGGUUAUCUCGGAAGCCAACAGCCGUAGGAGUAACGAGAACAAAAUACGAGAACCUAACUCAGUCUUAGAAAUGGUAGAGGGGCACGGUCCACCUGAUCGGACUAUGAAAUACGUAACCAAACCUGAGGGUACUAUCGUGAACCAAGUAUAGUGUGUCACAUACGCCUAUAUUACAUUGCGACUAUACUAUAGCAAGAUACUGACGUCACAAGUAUCAUAAGUGUAGGAGCAAAUAUUCUACAUGUGAGAUAUGUAUUUUGUAUAGGGAACCAUACAGCGAUCCAUCCGUGACCAGGUCUUACACAUACGUUGCCAUUGCAAUAAUAAUAUAUCUCAAUAUUAUUAUUAUUAUUAUUUAUAGCGAUCCAUUCGUGAACUCACACAUACACAUUUAUGUGUAAUGAUGGUCUAACCAUCACAUACAUAUUAUGUAGCGAGAAUAUAAUAAUUAUUAUUAUUAUAAUAAGAGAACCAUAUAGCGUGAUCAUUAGUAUUAGUCCAUCAUUGGAAAUUCAGACAGAGUUUCACCAGGACUUAACGUCUGAUACCUAGGGAGCCUUUACGAGAGAUCCAAACGAUGUCGAGAGAACCAGUAGUGAACCAAGAGAGCCAGUCAAGAGAAGAGAAGUGAUCAGUUCGAGAGCCAGACAAGUUGUGUCGUCUAACGAUAGCGUUCUGUGCUAAGCUACUGUGAGUCCUCUGAAUCCCCACUCGCGCGCUCUCCCACCUAUCGUCCCGGACAUGCGCAGCACGCUUUCCUAGCCCGCAACACGAAUAGGUAUCCGAUCCAGCCCGUAGCCUUCGAAAAGUUCGUCUUUUCGACGGAUGGAGGGGAAAACUAGCACCGGUCGAGGUUUAACGUAUCAAGUCUACUACGGGACCUCGAAUAUAUACGAAACAUGUGCCACACUGACACCACUCGUAGUAGACUUGACCCUCCACAGUGCCUAUGCGGUGAACCUUAGAAUUAUUAACAAUUAACUCCUAUUAAUUGUUAACAAUUCAGUUGACAUGCAAAUAAAUAGUUAAAGCUCUUUGUUAAUUAUUUAUAUCGAGAACCAACGAAAUAAUAAAUUUCGUUACAACUUACAAACGCAUAUUAAAUAGAAAAUUAUAGCGUCCUCUCAUGCCUAAAAUCUUUUCACUUUACUGAUGCGUCAUAAGUAGUGUGAGUGUUGCCGGCUUAUAUUUACAGACACUAAUACUACUCCAGCAAUGAACAUUCAGCGGGAAGUUCCAAAACCGUAGAUUUCUUCUAAGAGAAGGAUGGAAGAAGAGAUAGAAGAUUGAGCCAGAAAAGAUAGAGAAAAGGAUAGAGCUAGAAGCAGGCUCUAGACACUCAUAUGGCAUCCCCACUCCUUAUGUUUUCGAUAUCAAUCCAGAUCGACAAUAUCGACUCCGUCAAAUAAAAACAUAGACACAAUCGUCCUUAUCGAUUUUAUUUACUUUAUCGACGGUAGAAAGUCCUAAAAAAAAUGGCCGUCUGGCAAAAUGUGGUACAGAUACUGUACUGAAUUGUACAGAAUUGUACGGUGCAGUACGUUCAGUACGUUGCUUUGUAGACCAUGGUUGCUAUGCAUAUUUUUUAGACGCUUAGAGUUUUUAAUAUAAAUUUGGUGUCAUGAAUCCAAGAAAGCUGAUGAUUCACUGUAAUUAUUAGUUGUUAUUAAUUAUGAUGAUUUAAUUCGAAUUUAUUGAGAUUACUUCCAGCCAAUUUUAAGCUUGAUAAUGGGUAGACGUUGUGCAGUAUUAAAUUGUCGACAUAGUAAUGGACGAAUACAUGAAAACAGAUGUACUGUAUUUAAAUUACCAUCAAUUUUUAAAGAUUUCGAAAAAUGUAUAAAAUUAACUGGAAAUGAAAGCCUCGCUGGCAUAAAAGGUUCAACAUUAUUAAAAACAAUUGGCAUAUGUAAAUGCCAUUAUGAUGAAAACCAAAUCGUGGGAAAAGGUAAAAAUCGUAGACCUUUGGCAGGCCAGUUUCCCAGUCUCAAACUUCCUGCAAAUCUACUAUCCGAGAAUAUAAUGCAAGUGAUAUUCCUCAAGAUUCAGUGUAUCUGACAACUGAUGACCAUCCAGGUAUUUCUGUUGAUGCAACGUCAACGUCAAUUGAAAAUGACUUAGGAAAUUCAGGUUGUUCGUCACCAGUUACUAAAGAAUUGACUGUUCAAAAACUGCAAAAGGGAAGGUGGGGUUCACAUUCUUUGGAAUUAACCAUUGACUACCGUAUGUUGGGGAAUUUCGUUGCUGAAAAGCUUACCAAAUUUGAUACCAAACUUGCUACAUCCUGGAAAUUAAUAAGCGCGGCUACAAAAUUCUUAUGAAUGAAUACAACAUAAACUUUGAUACACGCCUGAGCAAUCAACCUUUCACGAUGGAGAAAGUUAUAGUUGAUAUUCAUCAUAAACUUCAAGUAGAAAAAAAUAAAAUAGAAGAAAUUAACAAACAAUAUGGUAGUUUAAAACAAUCUGUGAUCCGUGGUGAUAUCGACACUUCAUCAUCAUUGUUAAAUCAAUGGCUCAAAGCUGAUCGACGCAAUGAUGGAGUAAAUCCACAUGGACGUCGUUGGAGCGUUGAAGAAAAAUUAAAUUCACUCAGCUUAUAUCGUCGUGGGCCAAGAUUAUAUCGGCAACUGCUCAAAAAACUCCCAAACUCUUUACCAAGUGCUCGUACAAUUGGUAAAAUUUCUUCGGCAAUAAGUUUCGGUCCAGGUCUUAAUAACAAUUUAUUGGAAGCUGUUGCUAGUCAAGUAAAGUCAAUGCAACCAAUAGAUUUAAACUGCAUUUUGUGCUAUGAUGAAAUGUCCGUUCGACCACGAUAUUUUUAUGAUAGUCAUUCAGACAAUAUCAUUGGCCAUCAAGAUUACGGCAAUGAUCUGCCUGAACAUAAUACGGGUAGUGAAGCAAAAAAAGCUCUUCUAUUUUUGCUUCAAGGCUUACACAAGCCUUGGAAACUACCUAUAGCGUAUUAUUUUAAUGAUGGCAAGAUGAUUGGAGAAGAUUUGCAAAAACUAAUUUUAAAAAUUAUUGGUGCUGUGCACAAGAUUGGUCUGAAAGUUCGAGCAACCAAUUCAGACCAAGGUGGUCCAAAUAGAACAGCCGUUAAUUCAAUGAAAGUGUGUGAUGUUAAUGGAAUCAAACAUCAAUAUUUUGAAGUAAUGAAUAAUGACGUGAUUCAAAAAGUUUAUGUUUUAUUUGAUGUUCCUCACAUGCUGAAAAAUUUUAGAAAUAAUUGGCUGGGCUCUUUGGAUCACAGAUUAAAAGAUCGGCAUUUUGAUGAAUAUUAUAAUAGCUAUACUGGCAAUAUAGUUAUACUUGGUGACAUUGUUGGAAAGUGGGAGUACCUGGUUAAACUAUUUAGUCUUCGUUAUAAUAGUGGAGAUCCAGGAAUUUCAAAAACCAUGAUGUUUCCAAGAUCAAGAGAUAAAAUGAGGGUUUAUUUAGCCACAAAACUUUUGAGUCAAACAACUGCUAAUCAUUUACGAGACCCAGAGUUUCAUCAAGAGUUGAGGAAAAUGGAUAACUUCAAAGAAGAAGAUAUUCAAGGAGCCAAAGAUACAGCAACAGUUGUCGAAUUUUUCGACCGACUGGCUGAUUUUACAAAUGGUCCAUCAACAAAAGAGCUAAAAAAUCCUAAAAAGCCAUCUAAAAUAUUAGUUAGCAAAUCUUCUCCACACCUCGAAAAAUGGGAAGAAUUUUUGACCCAGUUUGAAAAAAUAAAGUUUGUACAGCAAGACGGGACCGUAUGUAACGUCCAUUCAGUAGAGGGCUUUAAAUCCACUUUGAAAGGGCUUAUUGGGCUAUGGCGUGACUUGAAAGACAAUGACAACUUUGAAGAACUCAACUUACGUCAUGUAAAUCAAGAUUGUGUGGAAAAUUGUUUUGGUCGAAUACGGAGCAUUUCUGGUGACAAUGAUCAUCCAACUGUUUUAGGAUUUACAUCUGGAUUUUGCUCGUUACUUGUAACUGAUUUUUCAGCUGAGCCAAUUGAAGGCACAAAUUGUGAACCAGAUAAUAUUCCACUACUUGUCAACCAAGCUGAUUUGUUAUUAACUGGGAAUCGUAAAGAUGAAAAUAAUAAUAUUAAUAUAACAAAUAACAAUGACAAAUGUGGAAUUGAAACUGAGGACUAUUUUGGAGAUAGACUUCGAUUGGCAGGCUAUGAGAGUGAUGAAGAUGAUAUCGUUGAUAACAUCACGAAAUCACCUCAUUUGUCGGUUCAAAUAAUUGCAACAGCCGUAUUAAAACAAUUAAAUUUUUUAAAAUGUUCAGAUUGUGCAUCUUGUUUUACCACCGCAAUGAGUUCAAAUAGUAGUUAUUGUGAAGCUUCUCCUGAUUUUAAACACACGAUUCAGAGAGUAAUGAAAAUUUUCAAUGAAAACAUUGAUAAAAUGUUUCAUACUGGUUCAGUUGCUUCGAAACUUUCCCGACAGUUUGAAUUAUAUUUAAAUAUGAAUUGGCUUUCUUGUCCAUCCUCUGAUCACGCUAUUGAUAUUAAAAAUCAACUAUUUCAUCAACUUGCAAUAGUAUUGAUAAAAAGGUAUUGUAGACUCAAAAGUAAUAAACAAAUUGAAGAAGAAAAUAAAAGUAAAAAUGCAAGAAAAAUAGGACAGCAAAAAAUAAACGUAAAAUCUGAUGGUACAAAUUCAAACAUAAACAAAGAAAAUUUAUUUCAUUCCCUUGAUGGAAGUCAUUUACAGUUUGAUCCAAAUCGAAAAAAAGUAUUGAAACAACCUUUAUCAAAUUCAACGAAUUCACAAAAACGUAAAAUAUCAAACCAACCACUUACAGCAGUACCAGUUAAACGUAUAAAACCAAAUAUUCUAGCACCACCAUCCAUCAAUUUAAAUUCAAAUCAACCCUUACUACUAAGGACAUAUGCACCAGCAAAACAACGAGUGAAUGUUACUGGUGUAAUUCACAGUAAUAACAAGAUUGAUCCACACACUCAGCAGAAAGUCGUACAAAAUGCACAACGUCAAAUUACAUUAACAACACAAAAUCAAACACCGGGUAAAAUUAUUUUUAGGCCAAUAAACAACCAAACAGUUAAAUCAAAUCAAACACCAGUUACAAUUAUUUUAAAGCAAAUGAAUCACCAAACACUUUUACCAAAUGAAGCAUCACGUCAAAUCAUUCUAAAGCCAUUUAAUCCAAAAAAAUAAUAAAUAGAUACAUUACUAUAAAAAAUUGUUGACAAAAAAAGAAAGUCACAAAUAAAAAAAUGAUACCAAGAUAUUAAAAAUACUAUAUAUUUAAAUAUAUAUUUGAAGAAAAAUAUAUAAAAUAUAAAAAUACCAAAGUUAAUUUUAAGUAGCAAUAUUAUAGAUUACAAAAACGAAAAGCAUCAAUAAGAUUAAAAUAAUA